ACAGUAUAAAUUCACAAAACACUUGGCAAACAUAAUCAUUUCAAUUCAAACAACUUAAAUAUCGCGAAUAAUUUGUUAAAAUAAUUUAGCAAAAGUAAUGAAUUUGAAAAUUGUGUUAUUUAGUACACUGAUUGUAGCAAUCUUAUGUACAAUAUGCGUCGAAGCACGCACACGUAAUAGGAAGAAAACUGUAACUCAUCAUAGUGGAAGCGGUCAUAAUAAACGAGGGAGUGAAAGUGGACAGCAUAUUGCUGAUAGUACACAUCACAGAUCACCUGACAGUCAUCCAAAACAAAGAACCCAUAAAACAAAUACAAUUAAUGCAGAAAAUCAUCACAUCGAUAAUUCGCAUGGUCCUAAUCAACAUGCAGUAAAUACUCACACAGAUACUUCGCAUGGUCCUAAUCAAGCCAUAGCAAAUCAUCACACAGAUACUUUGCAUGGUCCUAAUCAACCUGUAGUAAAUACUCAAACAGAUACUUCUCAUGGUCCUAAUCAAGCCAUAGCUCAUCAGACCACAGAUACUUUGCAUGGUCCUAAUCAAGCCAUAGCAAAUCAUAACACAGAUACUUCGCAUAUUCCUAAUCAACCUGUUUAUGUUGUUCAUGUACAGCAACAAAACGCCCAUUCUUCUGGAAAUGAUGACUUUGAAGCAGGUUAUGCUGCAGGUUCGGCUGCUGCUCGCCGAAUGCGUAAACGAAGAACAACAACAACUACAACAACAGUGGCUCCCAAAACAACAACAUCAACAACAUCAGUUCCUACCACUACAACAAAUCAAUGCUUAACUGAAGCUCCAAUAUCUGGUGCUCAACAGUAUAGUUUACCAGACAGUUAUCCAAAUCAACAAACCCAUAAUCUGUAUAAUGGAGAAGUAGCAAAUCCUCCAUUAGCUGCUUUCCAAAAUCCGAAUAAUAUUGUCUAUGACAGUAAUUUACAAAAUGUACAUGCUUCUGGAUAUAAUCAAAAUAAUAGAGAUGUUUCAAAUCCACCAACAGAUGCUUGGCAAAAUCCUAAUCAACCUGCAUAUUUGGUUAAUUUACAACAGCAAAAUUUACAUGCUUCUGGAAAUGGUCCAAUACAAAAAUUAAAUCACCCGCAACAGCAGAAUCCAGUAGUUAAUUGUGGAUCCAUUAGUUCUUCUACUGAAUCAAUAAAUAUAUUAAAUACUAGUGUAAAUAAUAAUGUUUUACAAUAAAUAAAUAAAUUAGUUAUCGAUUUUCACGAUAA